AUGGGUAUUCAAUCAUUAAAUAAAGAUAUAGAAAAGUUAUUUAGUAAUAGACAUCAAGUUAGGGGUCAUCCUAAAAUAUAUUAUCCUUCAAUAUAUAUUGAUGUAAAUAAUCAGUUACAUGGUGUAAAAUGUACAACAAAGAAUGAAUAUUUUGGUAAAGUGUUCCGCAAGUUUAAAAUGAUGUCUAGAUUGUUUAAAACGAGUGAAUAUUUCUUGGCAAUGGAUGGACCUGCACCCAGAGCAAAGUUACUCGAACAAAGAAGAAGAAGAUUACUGAGUUCAUUAAAGAAACUGAGAGAUCAACAUUAUGAAGAUAGUAAAAAUGGUUCUGCCAGAGGUGUAGAUGAAAGCGAUGAGGAAGAGGAUGAUGAUGAUGAUCAGUUGGAUGAACAAGAUGAUGAGGAAGAGGAUGAUGAUGAUGAUGAUGAAAUGAAUCAAGAUGAUGAUGAUGAUAAUAUUGAUGUUAAAGAAAAAGAUAAAGAUGAAGAGGAAGAUGAAGUAGAAGGUGAAGUUAUUUUAUGGAAUAAAGAUAAGGAUGUAGAGAGUAAAGCAAAGACGACAACGACAACAACAACGACAACAACUACAACAAAAUCAAAUUCUCAACAACCAAUACAAUCAAUUGAUGAAGAUCAAAAUGCACCAUUCAAGUUGGAUUCUACAAUGCUGACACCAGGCUCACCAUUUAUGUUUGAAAUUAAAAACAGGUUGAGAGAUGAAGCUAGUAUGAUAUUUUUUGAGAACAUUGCAACCAAGACAGUAUACAUAAUGCCUAGCGACUCAAAGGCAGAAGGAGAAUGGAAGAUUUUUCAUCAUAUCAAUCAACUCAAUCAUGAUCAAAGACCACUGGUUGUUGUGUCUUGUGACUCUGACAUUCUUCUCUACUCACUACUAUCACCCAAGAGCAUCAAUAUCGCUUCACCUUUUAACGUUAGAAUGUUAUCAAACAUAAACAUAUUGAAAGAAUCAAUUGCAUCACAGGCACCAUCACGUAACAAAGAUGAUGUUGUAUCUGAUUUCGUAUUUCUAUCAUUGUUUAAUGGAAGUGAUUAUCUCCCAAAGAUUGGUACGUUCAAGUUAAAGACCGCUUGGAAAGAGUAUGUAAAUGAUCAAUCGAAGGAACCAUUGUUCAAAAGACAAGACAAUACGAUCAAUUGGGAGUUCUUCUAUCGUAUUUUCAAGGUUGUCAAUAGAAAUAGUACACCGAUCGUCAGCAAGAAGCCAAGAGUGAUCGGUGUUGUCGAAGCACUCAAUGUUUGUUUGCAAAUGCUAUCUGGUUGCUUGAAGAAACAAUAUAAGAUGGAAUGCACAACCACUCAGUUGACCGAUUCAGAGGUGAAAGUAGAGAUAUCGAUUUGUGGACAGAAUCUACAGGCUGUAGGAACCUCGGCAAAGACAUUGAAGGAAACACUACUCAAACCCUACUUGAGUUUGGAUCAUCCUCUUUGGAAAGACAAUUGGCUCUUGAUGCCAGAGGAGUAUCGUACGAUGAUCAAAGAGAAACUCGCGAGAAAACCACAGCAGGUCAAAGACUUGGUCGAUAACAAACUAAAAUUGAAGCGUUAUCUCGAGGGAAUCGUCUGGCAUCACAACUAUCUCACAACCAAAGUUGAGAGUUACUCAUUCUACUAUCCAUUCGAGUCUGCGCCACAUGUCGAUCCAAGUGUCGGUCCUAUCCAGUUGGAUGUCAAUUUCCUCGAGCAAGAUGAACCACUUACACCACUCGAAUUUUGUAUUGCACUUUCAAAUUAUAGAACAAAGGCAACAGUACCAAGUGUCUUUCAUUCAAUUUAUAGUGAUCUAAAACAUUUCAAUAAGCGGAAUGAAGACCUAUGGAAAGAAGAGAAUUCCUUAGUUGAGCUGAAACAACAUAUUAAAACGAUUGUCGAUAAAAACAGUGAUAAACUAUCAGUGUUUCAUCUUUCACAACUACAGUUCCAACCGUCCAUCGCUGUUCAUAGAGAAGAUCAUUCCAUUUCAAAGAGUGAUAUUGAUUUCUUCUCUGAGGCCAAAAAUCCAACACUCUAUGGUGCCAACAAGAGACAUCAUUCAGCUAAUUCAAAUCAACCAGUCAAGAAGAUGAAGCAUUAUAACAGUCCCAAUAAUCAUAGUAGAAAUAGUAACAAUCCGAGAUAUCAUCAAAGACCCAAUAACAACAGCUCUCACCCGAAAAACUCAAACAAUCAAGCUGUAGCUAAUAUUAUUAAUAACGCUGCUAUGUUUAAUAUGUUGAGAAACAACAACAACAACAACAACAACAACAACAACAACAACAACAACAACAACAACAACAACAACAAUAAUAAUGCUAAUAAUCAACAGCCAAAUCCAUUUCCUAAUCAAAUGAAUAACCAAAUGAAUAACCAAAUGAAUCCAAUUCCUAUGAACUACCAAAUGAACCAAAAUUAUCCUAAUCAAAUGAACAACCAAAUACCGAAUCCAAAUAACUAUCAAAUGAAUCAGAAUAUUAAUAACAAUAUUAAUAAUAACAAUAACAACAUAAAUAAUAAUAAUAAUAAUAAUAAUAAUAAUAAUAAUAGAAACCAAUUCAAUAAUAACAAUAGAAACUAUCACAAUAGAAAUAGAAAUAGAUUUGACAACAACAGAACCAAUGUUCAAAAGAGUAAUAAUCCAAAUAACACACCGAUGAAUUAA